AUGAGUGGCAUUACUGUAAGGUCUGAACUUAUCUAUUUCUUUAUAGGUGUCCAAGAUAAAGUGAACAUCACUACUGAAAGUGAAUGUAAAGAAUCGCCAAACAAAAAAGGAAAGGAAGAAAUUGAAUCUAAAAAGACGAACAAUACACUUGAAAAGCACUUGCACAAUUUGAAUGAAAUUUUGAAGUGUUCUAAUGCGACACCGAUAUUAAAGCAAGGCGGCAUCGGUUACAUGUGCAGUUUUUGCCCAGAACAGUAUCCAAAACCGGAAGACCUAAAAAAACAUAAUUUAAGAGAACAUCAUGGUCAAACCAAUCUUAAAAUACCAUGCACUUCAGGAAACAGAAGAAGCCUUUACCGAUACUCUGUGAGACUUGAUAUUACAGGGCUGAGUUGCGCGCUCUGUGAUUCGAAUAUAAAUUCUUUAGAAAAAUUUAUUGUACACAUAAAACAAAAACAUAACAGAGACAUAUAUUUAGAUAUAAACAACCAUAUUGUUCCAUUUAAGUUUGAUACAGAGCAGUUAACUUGCUGUUUAUGUUUAAACACGUUUGAAAGAUUUAAAAUUUUGCAAGAACACAUGCAUAAACAUUACAGGAAUUACGUUUGUGACGUCUGCGACGCCGGGUUUAUUAACCAGGGCAGUUUGAAUAGUCACACUCAAACCCAUGUCAAAGGAACAUUUGCCUGUAGUUUUUGCAACAAAAUAUUUGAUACAGUUACAAAGAAAAAAAUGCACGUAAGAAAUAGCCACACACAUCGAAAUAUGGUCAACCGAUGUGGAUAUUGCCAUGAAGGUUUCAGAGAAUAUUACAUGAAGGAACAGCAUUUAGCUAAAGUCCAUGGAGUCCAUAAUAAUGUAUAUAAAUGUAAUGCAUGCGACAAAACAUUUUCUACUCCCAAGAAACUGAGAUCGCAUGUAAAGAAAGAUCAUUUGUUAGAAAGACAUCACAACUGCUCGAUUUGUGAAAUGAAAUUCUUUCGUCUUCACGAUCUUAACGAACACAUGGUAAAACAUUCCGGAGAUAAGAAAUUUCAAUGUGAAGUGUGUUUGAAGUGUUAUGGUCGGAGGAAGACAUUAAAAGAGCACAUGAGAAUACACAAUGAUGAUAGAAGGUUUAAGUGUGAACAUUGUGGCAAAGCUUUUAUUCAAAAGUGUAGCUGGAAAGCACAUAUGAAAAAUAGACAUGGGCAGAUUAUGUCCUAA